AUAUUCCUAAAUAUAUUAGCACACCACAAAAAAAUAGAUGUAUUCAAGUUAGAUUCUAUCGGUCAGGGGAAACGGUAAGUUGGUAUGUUCAUUAAGUAUUGGGUGCUUUAUUGCAUAUUCAAGAGAUAUUGUUUGUCAACCCAAUGCCUAUUGCAAACGAUUGUACGGACAAUCGGUGGAAAUGGUUCUAGGGUUGUCUAGGAGCAAUUGGUGGAACUUAUAUUGAAGUUAAUGUCCUUGACUCAGAUAGACCAAGAUAUCGAACAAGAAAGGGUUAUAUAGAAAUGAAUGUGUUAGGUGUCUGUAAUCAUGACAUGAAUUUUGUCUACGUCUUAGCUGGUUGGGAAGGUUCGGCUACUGAUUUAAGGGUUUUGGGGGAUGAAAUUACUAGACAUAAUGGAUUGAAGAUUCCAGUUGGUAACUAUUAUUUGGCUGAUGGAGGAUAUAUCAAUGGUGAAGGUUUUUUGGCACCGUAUAGAGGUACUAGGUAUCAUUUACAGGAAUGGGAAGGUAGUACACGUGCACCUACAAAUAAGGAAGAGUACUUUAACAUGAAACAUUCACAAGCAAGGAAUGUUAUUGAAAGGUGUUUUGGUCUACUAAAGAGACGUUGGGAUAUAUUAAGAAGUCCUUCAUUUUAUCCGAUAAGAAUUCAAGGGAGAAUAGUCAUCGCAUGUGCUUUACUGCAUAAUUUUAUUAGGACACACAUGGCUCUUGAUCCAAAGGAAAACACGUCUAAAACUUUUGAAGAUAUGCCUAUCGGGGAAGACCAGCCAAAUCAGUUCCAAAUUGUGGAUGUUGUUGAAUCAAGUAAUGAAUGGACUCAAUGGAGGGAUGAUUUAGCCCAAGAAAUGUUUGAGUCUUGGAUGUCAACUAGAUCUUAGUAUAUUGUUUUUUAAUUUUAGAACUUUUAUUUUUAAGUUUGUUAU